CCACAGAAGGGAGAGGAGCAAAAGAGAAUUCCUGUGAAGGCUGCUCCACGCAGACAUCACAGACAUACAGAGAUGACUUCUGUUCUCCACCCCCGAGAAUGUAAAGUGACCAGAAAAAAACAAAAGAGCUACGGAUUCUCCCUGCGUAUUGAGAAGGACACAGCAGGACAUCUCAUCCGCAAUGUGGAAAAGAACAGUCCAGCUGAAAAGGCUGGCUUGAAGGAUGGAGACAGAGUCCUCAGGGUUAACGGCUUGUUUGUAGACAAGGAGGAACAUACACAGGUGGUGGAGAUUGUGAAGAACAGUGGGAAUUCUGUUGUACUUCUUGUUCUGGACGAAGCAUCCUAUAAAAAGGCAGAAAAGGAGGGAGUGAACUUGGAAGACCUGGGUCAAAAGGUGUCAAAAGGACAGCAGCAGAAGCAGCAGGCCACACAGCCCAUAGCCAAUGGAGCAAUCACUCCAGCUCCACAACCCCGGCUCUGCUACUUAGUGAAGGAGGAAAAGGGCUACGGCUUCUCCCUGAAAACCACAGAAGGUAAGAAGGGGUUGUUCCUAGUAGAUCUGUCAUCACAAGGAGCAGCUGCAAAGGCUGGUGUCCAGAAUAACGAUCGCCUGAUUGAAAUCAAUGGAAAAAAUGUGGAAAAUGACACACACGAGGAAGUGGUGGAAAAGGUAAAGAAUUCUGGAAAUCACAUAAUGUUUCUACUUUCAAAUGAAGAAACAGACCACUAUUACACAAGCCACAAGAUGACACUGAACAGAGAAAGAGCCAACCUAGAACUGCUUCCCCUCAAACCACGGCUUAUUGAGCUCCAGAAAGGAGAAAAUGGUUAUGGCUUUUAUCUGCGUAUGGAACAAAACACCGGUGAUCAUGUAAUCAAGGAUGUUGAUUCCAAGAGCCCAGCAGCCAAGGCGGGUCUCAAAGAUAAUGAUAUCUUAGUAGCUGUCAAUGGUGAGCGAGUGGAUGCUUUGGAUCACGAGAGCGUAGUGGGAAAGAUAAAGCAAUCUGAGAACAAACCCACACUACUGGUAGUGGAUAAGGAGACUGACGCCAUGUACAAACUGGCUCAGAUUUCCCCUUAUUCAUACUACAACAGAGGAAAAGAUCCAGUUCCAGCUAAAACAGAGGAAAAAGUGGCAUUGCACAGUGAGCAGAAAGUGAACCACAAACCAAGAAUCUGCAAGAUGGUGAAAGGGCCUAAUGGAUUUGGCUUCAGUUUAAACAUGGCCAGGAACAAACCUGGACUCUUUAUUAAUGAGAUACAAAGCAAUGGGCCAGCUGACACAGCAGGUGUAGAAAAUAAUGACUUUUUGGUUGAAGUGAACGGGGUGAACGUGAUGAAUGAGUCCUAUGACAAAGUGGUGACAAGAAUCCAAAGUAGUGGUGACAAGCUAACAGUACUGGUGUGCAGCAAAGAUGCUUACAAAUACUUCCAGGACCAGAACAUUCCCAUCACAGCUUCUAUGGCAGAUCCAAUCCAUGACACUUCUGAACCUGCUGCUUAUGCAGAAACCAUACCAGCAGAGUCGGAGCGAACCUCACCUGAACCAAGAGAAAGGGCAAGCUCAUCCUCUUCUUCACAUUCAGUUGCCUCAGCAGGAACAGACAACAGCGACGACACAAGGUUCUGAGGAGUCAAAUUAUGAUGAGAACAAAUAAAAAGUCUUCCAAAUACUCUUUCUUCAAUCAUUCUUUG